UGGCCGGGAGUAGCGACGGAGCGGAACCGGAACGGACGGCGACGAGGAGGUGCUCGACUCGCGGUAGUGCGCGGCAGGACGGCAGUGUGUCGGACGGUGUCCUCUACGCUGCUCCACGCUGCGCGAGUCGACCGCAUUAACGACGAUGGAGAUCGAGAUCGUGUCGGCGAAAUCCUCGAAGCUGAUAGCCAACGUGAACGUGAAUCCGAGCACCACGAUAGGCGAGGUGAAACAGCAGUUGUACGAGACGUGGAAGGCACCGUACGUUCAGAGGCAAUGUCUGAAGGUAGAACCUAAGGGGAAGGCACUGUCCGACUCGGAGACGAUCAAAUCCCUGUCGCUGAAGGCGGGCGGGAAGUUGUACUACAAGGAUCUCGGUCCUCAGAUCGGUUGGAGGACUGUAUUCCUGGUGGAGUAUGCGGGACCUCUGCUAGUAUAUCUCUGGCUGUAUCAGCGUCCCUGGCUGUUCUACGGACACGUGGACACCAAUAAUUUUCACUAUGUAGCUAAUUGGGCGGCAGUCGCCUGGACGGUGCACUAUGCGAAGCGUCUCUUGGAGACUGUAUUUGUCCACCGUUUCAGCCACGCAACAAUGCCGUUGCGUAAUUUGUUCAAGAAUUGCUCCUAUUACUGGCUCUUCGCUAUGUACGUGGCGUAUCACACGAAUCAUCCAUUGUACACGGCUCCCUGCGCGGGACAGGCCUGCGUCGGAGCAGCGAUAUUCGCGCUGUGCGAGCUGGGCAAUCUCAGUAUCCAUUUGGCGCUGAAGAAUUUGAGACCACCGGGCACCACGGUCAGGAAGGUCCCGAUGCCGACCGGCAAUCCCCUCACCAUGCUCUUCAACUUGGUCUCCUGUCCCAAUUACACGUACGAGAUCGGCAGUUGGAUCGGCUUCACCGUGAUGACAUCGUGUCUUCCAGCUGGUCUGUUCAUGCUCGCGGGUGCAUAUCAAAUGACCAUGUGGGCACUGGGCAAGCACAGGGCGUACAAGAAGGAAUUCUCGCACUAUCCGAAAAACCGCAAAGCCAUCAUUCCGUUCGUCCUCUAAGUUAAGACGUUUGUUUCGCAGAAUAAUGAGUCGGUGAACGCGCAACGCUACGUUAAUCUUAUUUUGUUGAUGUUUUUAGUCUUUGAGAGGAAUAUUUAGAUUAAGUGAUGGGUAUAUUUAGCAGCUACGGCGAGUGUCGCAAGCACGCGACAAAUGAUAAUGUUUCUAGUAACAUUCGUAAAGAACCAAAAAUACAUUCUUUUGUUCCACUUUUUUUUUAUUUUUAUACAAGUCUUAAGGUGGGAUUCGUUUUACUAUCUAUAAUGAAAUAAUAUAUCUUAUGAAUAUAGCGCUCUUAUUUCUCUAAAUAAAUAUACAUACGUAUAUACAAUUACAAUUUAAA